GAUAUAAGAUCGAAUAGGAUCCGUCCUUUUGUUACUUUGGCCAAUACUUCAGAGGCGCGGCAAAUCCCACCCUUCACCAAACCCUUGCUUCCAAGCUAAGCAUUGUUAACCUCUCAUGCCCAUGCAUGUCUAUACUCGCGAAACAGUGGAAAGGAAACAGUUAAAGUUUAAACGAAUACCUGCUUUAUUCCGGAGCAGAAGUUGAAGUUGUGAUAUUGUCCUUUGUUUGGGUGAAAGGUUAAAAAUGGUUCCGAGUGUUCGGGACCGGUCCUGAGCCAAAGUUGGGAACGCGCGCUUACGAACUUAAGCGCCGUGCGCGCUGUGUCGAUGCCGAAGGUUUUGGAAAAAUAGCAGACAUCGAACGCAGGACAACGCCAGAUGAGGGGGGUGGGACGGAGUCUGGAAGAAUGCUGAAUACCAUAUUAAACUGCUCUAACAUCAACUAAUAUUAUAAUUCAUCCAUAAUGCGGAUGCGAACAUUGGACGGCAAAAGAACACUCUGACAGAUCUGAAAAAGCCCCCUCUGCCUAUUCCAGUCGGCCCGAGAACAUAGUUGUAAUACAUCUAUCUACCCUUUUAUUAAUUUCGUUUUUAUUCCUCUGAGACAAGUUCCGAAUCCCUGUUUUAACCUUUCCCGGAGAAAAAAAAAAUAGUUAUGGCCAUACUGUCCCACUUCAGCGCCCUUUUUUAGGACGGUUAUUCCCAAGAAACCCAUCGUUCCCACGGAGGAGUCAGCUUCCGACGGCUAAAAGUACACAAACUAUCAUGAGGUGUAAAUCAAGUAGAUUUCUUGUUCCUCUCGCGCUCCGCCUUCCGUAGCGCACGUGCUCGAAUAGAUUCGUGGAAGGCUUUAUUAUAACCCAGAACGAGUUUACCCAUGGGUCCUAGAACUUGCGUGAGAGCAAAUGCCAUCACACCAUGACUCCAGUAGGGCGCAGAGGUAUACGCGUAUGCCGACAAACCGCUCCCGCGACCAAUUUUGCUGAGGGCUGCUCGAACAAAGUUGCGCGGAACGGGAACUGUAACGGUGGGCCUGCGGAUCUUGGACAGGGCAGAUGUCACUAGGUGGCUCUGAACAAGCUCAACCUGCACCCCGUACGGCUUCAGCUCGCUGCCUAGGGCAAUCGACCAGUAUUGCAGGAAUGCCUUGCUCCCGGAGUAAGUAGCCAACAGCGGGGUAGGAAUCAUGCCGGCAAAUGAUGCCAUGGUCAUGAUUAACCCACGCUUGCGCUGCAUCAUUCCCGGUGCAACCAGCUGGGUGAUGCGCAGGGUGCCCAUGCAAUUGAUGGUGAUUAUACUCUCCAUUUCUUCGAGCGGGGUGAGGACGAAUGGGGUUGGCAUGCUAUGGCUGCGGCCGACGUUGUUGAUGAGGAUGGAAAUAUCGAGAUCCUGGAUCAAGAGCUUGAGUUUCUCGUAGUCGUCAUCGUUGUUUUCAAAGAAGUCCAUUGCGAAGAGUUUGGUUUGUACGCUGGGGGACUUGCUCUUGAUUUCAUUGGCGACAUCAUCUAGUUUCGAAGUCGUACGCGAGACGAGGAGGAUAUUGUAGCCCGCGCGGGCGAGCUGGAGAGAGAAUUCUUUGCCAAUUCCAUCUGAGGCACCGGUGACAAGUGCCCAGCUUCCUUUUGGUCCGAAUUUGGAGAGCUAGAUUCGACGGAACAGAUAAUAAACUGUUAAGUGACAAUGCUCGUAGACAAGGGAGUGCAAGAGAGUAGGAGCUGGGAAUGGCCGUACCUUCUGCCCCGGCAGGAUGAAAAUACUGAGUAGGGCACGGAAAACGUUAAACAAUUUGCAUGCUGUGAACAAUCCUCCAGUCAAGAGGAGGAAUAGAGCCGCAUUCGACUGCCAACCAGGGGCUGGGGCGAAGCGGAACUGUGACAGACGGUCCAUACAGGCGCAGGCCAAACCCAUUGCUUCGCUUACGGAUCUUUUCAGUCAGUGAAAAGUAAGCUGUUGGGGUGGGAUAUUCCGUCACGGGAUAGGAGGAUGGUUGACAGCGCCGUCGGGAUGUUUUGCCAAGAUGAAGCCUGCUCUUUUUGAUAAAUAUUGUUAUUUAUUGUCAACAAAACUGCGUAUUUAUGGUUGUUGGUGAAAGAUAAAUACGUCCGAGAAAAUACAAAUGGCAGCCCGUGGUACUCCGUACGGUACCGUAUGAUACAGAAGCUAUUUACGCUAAUACAACUCAAUCCCUGAAAACAGGGCUCAGAUAAUGGAAAUUAAAGUCAAUGGAGAUUUAACUAUUUAGAUAAACAUAUCAACUCUCGUCAGUCCAGAUCCUCUGCAAAUUCACAGAGAUCACAGUGUAUUAAACGCGUCCAAAUCGUUAAAAUUGUGAAGGCAAUCGAAUCCGUCAGCUCUAUCAAAAUGUCUUCUCUCCUCUCCUACCUCCCGCAGCAUGAGGGCUUUCUCCCCAAAUGGCUCCUUUUCCUCGCCGUCGUCUCCACCUUAAACACCUCCCGCGCCCUCAUCAGCCCAACAUACACGGCCCUGCUAUACAAUAAUAGCCCAUUCAACGCACUGCAAUCGCGCACCUUUGGCACCUGGACCUUUAUUUCUGCUGUCGUCCGCGCGUACGCUGCCUUCCACAUCAACGAGCCUCACAUGUACGACCUGGCCAUGUGGACGUUUGGAACUGCCUUUGCGCACUUUGUGAGCGAAUGGUUGAUUUUCGGGAGCGCGAAGCCUAAGGGCCGGUUUUUAAACCCGCUGUGCGUCGCUAGUGGGACGCUGGCGUGGAUGGCGACGCAGAGGGGUUUCUAUUUGGGAUAGGCUUGGGUUUGUCUUGACGUGGGUGGGUGUGGGUGGGUGUAUUUUGAAGAGGUGGGGAGUUUGUGUAAGGAACAGAAUCUGAGAUUAUGUACUCUAAUUGGGAUUUUCAGAUCUAUUUUUAUAGGUAAUCGGGUUUACUUGGUAUGGUGUUACCUAGGUAUAUACCAGUGUUGACUGGAAAAUUGAAAUGAAAUAGAGCUAUUGUUGUUUGAAGUGUGGUACUACUGGUUUCUGCCUUCUGGAUUGGACAUCAACGAUAUAUAGAAUAUAAUAUCUAGUUAUGCUAAAACCACUUCUAUACCGAAAAGACUCCUUGACGACAUUAAUAGAUAUACACAAUCUUCCAAUAUACAUGCCGGUUGAUCUAUUCCAAAAAUUACUGGGGUUGAUUGUUUAAUGUAUCGCGAUACAAAGCGCCAGCACAAUCCCGAAGUCGAGCA